AUGGUAGCUAGUGUAGGUACUGUCGUUUGCCGACGAUAUAACUAUAAAAUAGUGAUUACUUUUAAAUCUAUAUUCCAGAUUUCUCUCCACGCAAUCAUUUGUGACGCCGCAUCACCAGCCACGAAAGAACUCAGAACCGGUGCACUACUACUUCCAGAAAAGAUCAUAGGUGGCGUGAUAGACAUCGUGCAUAGUCAUAAGAAUAAGCCUGUCGGCCAGCCGAUGUACCAGCAAGCUCCUCAAGGAUAUCCCCAGCAGUACCCCCAGUACCAGCAAUGGAAUGGCCAAAACAACUACCAAAACCCUGGACACUCUUCACAGUACCAAGGACAGUACAGUAAUUACGUCCAACAAAACGGUUACCAAGGUCCUAAUUACCCACAAAAUAGUGGGAGCUUCUCCGGUAAUUCUGGUCAAAUGUAUCCCGCCCAUCAAGGUUUUAGCAAUGCUCAAGGUCAGAACCAAGGACAAUAUCAAUCAAACUACCAACAGCCAAACGGACAGUAUCAGCAAACACACUUCCAAGCACAGCAAGGCACCGGCCAGUACCAGGGACCACACAAUGGCCAGUACUAUGGACAGACAACGCAAGUUUCCCAGGCAUCUGGUGCUGGACAGAUCGGCGGUGGAAGUCAAGGAUUUCAAGUACCUGGUGGCGGCCAAGUUAGCGGUGGCGGUGCCCCUGUACCCACCUGUGUCUGCCAGACAUGGACAAAGCCGCAGUCCGACCUGAUGAAGGGCAGUCCUGUAAUAGAGAAAAUCGAUAAUUAUCAAGAUCAACAAUGA